UGGCGACGCCGCAACCGGCCGGGCCUUCCAGACCGUGUACACCCGGCCUCGGCGUCCGGACCAUGGCGAGUCGCCCGUCCUUCGUAGUGGGAGCAUCCCUCUCUUUGAGCGACGGGGCGCCGGAGUCUGAGAAGAAUGCAGGGGAGUCCGAGAACACAUAUAUCCUGAGGCCCAUUUUCCAGCAAAGGUUCAGGCCCUCCGUGGUUAAAGACUGUAUCCAUGCUGUGCUCAAGGAGGAACUGACAAAUGCUGAAUACUCUCCAGAAGAAAUGCCUCAGCUCACAAAACGUUUAUCAGAAACCGUUAAAGAUAAAUUAAAAGAAAUGGGAUUUGAUCGAUAUAAAAUGGUGGUGCAAGUACUCAUUGGGGAGCAAAGAGGUGAAGGAGUGUUCAUGGCUGCCCGGUGUUUCUGGGAUGCUGACACUGACAACUACAUUCACGAUGUUUUCAUGAAUGACAGUUUAUUCUGUGUUGUAGCAGCAUUUGGGUGUUUCUACUAUUGAAUCUUUGAAAAAGGUGGAAAGAAGAAAUAAGAACUCUUUAUAUUGUUAAAUAUCUUGACAAAAUAAAAAACAAGUUGGCUCUUCAGCAACUAG